CGUACGGCGAACUCGGCUCAGGACAUCAAUAAGCUGAUUGCCCGCAUCUACCCAGAUAUGCAACGGAACUGUCAGGAUCCAGAUCGAUUCUUUUCCGAUCGUGCGAUCCUGUCUCCUUUUAAUGUUGACGUUGCUGCCAUUAACAACAUUGUGAUAGAUCAGUUACCCGGGCAGGCAAGGUAGUAUCGUUCCGUGGACACAUUGCUAAACCCGGAGGAGCAUGAACACUUACAGAUUCCAUCCGAAUACCUCAACAAUAGCGGCAUACCACUGCAUCGCUUACGGCUGAAGCGAUCGACACCGGUGCUGUUGUUGCGAAAUCUCAAUUCCGACAUGGGACUUUGCAACGGAACGCGUCUUCAGAUUGUGGACAUGAAGACGCAUUGCUUGCACGCCAAGAUAUUGACGGGCAAGCGGUGAGGAACAGACGUGCUGCUGCUACGCAUCUACUGUGACAGCAACGACAAGGGCCAACCGUUCCAAAUCCACCGCAAACAGUUCCCGGUGCAGGUGUGCUUUGCCAUGACCAUUAAUAAAGCACAAGGACAAUCACUGAACCAUCUGGGCCUCUAUCUGCCAAAGGAUGUGUUUGCACACGGCCAGCUGUACGUGGCAGUGUCCCGCGUCACGACACGAGCAAAUAUAGCUGCGCCGAUCGCAAAUCCUGAACACGACAAUCAAGAUGGUGUCUCAACGCGAAACAUUGUGUAUCGAGAAAUCAUUGACGAUUGAACGUGUUCGGGGAUUCAGGUAAGAACAUUCGGGAACGAAGAUAAAACAAACUGCAUUACUAUCUGUUUUGUUUUUAUUCAUAUUACAGAUACCAUGUGUCCUUCGUGCCUUAUUGGUCGAGCUUAUUGUUGAUGGAACGCAUUCGGAUGGAGGUAAGGAAAAAGAAUGAAAGAAACAAAUACAAGCAAGAAGUAAUUGUGAACUUGUUUUCCUUCAUCGAUUACAGUUAAUAAUUUGUUCGCCCUCAUCGAGUUUUCGGACGCCCUCAAUCAUCGGAUUCAGACGCAUUCGCGUGUUGGUAGGUGAAAAGAAGAAAUACAAAUCUAAGAAAAAAAACUUUAUAUCCUUCCUUUUUAUUUCAGCCCGAAAACAAACAUAUACUUUGACCAAGUUCAUCGAUCGAGACUUUCGAAUAAUUCGGAUGCAUUCCAAUGUAGGUAAGUAGAAAGAGAUAAAAUAAGAAAUUUAAUAACAAAAUAACUAACUUUUUUUAUUAAUCCUACUACAGUUAUCAAAAUUGUCUGUGCCUCAUGCCUCACUACAUUCAAUGAUGAUGCUGGAACGCGUUCGUAUGUUGGUAAGAGAAAAAAGGAACGAAAACCAGUCCGUUUUAAAAUAUUUCAUUACCAAGUAGCUCUAACCUCUCCUACCUACAGGUAAUAAUUUGACUAUUUGUCGACGAACCAGCUUCAACCCAAGGAUGAAUGGAUUCGCCCAAUUUAUGACGACCCAAAUAAUAGGUAAGUUAUACAUUUCUUCACACACAAAUAAUAUGCAUACAACAUACGCUUAAUUUUCCGUUCUAUUCAAAAUUUGCAACAUAUUUACAAUUCCAUUUUCCAUAGCUUUCAGAAGCUGAACGAGACCUUAUCCCGGAUGCUGCAACGAGCAAGUGGAUAUUCAUCACACAUUAAGCAUAAAACAGAGGCGAAGACAACUGACAUUCAUCGUAAUCAGUAAAACAUAAUGUACGUAUCGUCGUUAUCCAUACCUACCAUUGGUGUUAUUCACUUAUUAUUUUUUUCUUUUUUUUUAUUUAUUUCAUGUCGCCGCAUCACUUUGGGAGCACGCGAACAAACAACAUGCAGCAGCGGUGUCAAUCAAGAGCAUCAAGUAGCAGCAUCGGGACAGACCUCUGGAAACUACAUCACGGGACUGUAACUGUUAACGUACGUAUGCACAUAUUGUACGCAACACUAUUACACAUUUACUAAUACACUACUCUGCUUUUAGAGACACCGGGAUCGGCAUCGGAGUAUCAUCACAGCAAUUGCCAAAGAUGUCGCAACAAAUAUAUCGUUGGUGCUCACAAGUACCGUAUGUUCUUUGUGCGGGUGAACACCAAGGAGCGGAUUGAUGCAACCGAAACAGAAAGUUCUACACGACAGCAUUGCACAAAACAUUUUUGCAAUUGCGAUGUAGCCAAGCGCAAAGUGUAAAAUAAGCGUAUUAUGUAACCUUUUAUGCAUUGCGCUAAGAAAGUUAGGUUAGAUUUUGUUUCACUCUCAUUCUAAUACAUAAGGUUGCAAAACUAUUAUUUAACUUUAAAGAUUCUAACCGUAUUUAAACGAUAAUUUAUAAUACACACAAAACAACCAUUAAUUAAUUAUUAAGUUAACACACUUACCACACGAAACCAAAAGUCACGUCGAACAGCGGAUAGUUCACGAGGGCUCACAUUUAUAAAGCAAACGCUUAUAAAUGUUGAUGCUGUUGAGUGACUAUCCGGGGUCCGACGUAUCUUGGAAGUUUUGUGAUGUGUUUUUUUUAUAUGCUUAUUAUUAUAUUUUUACGAUUUAAUAAUUGGAGCACAUAUGGCCGCUUUUAUUUUUUUUAACGAACAAUAUCAAAUUGCACUCUCACGCUUACAUGUCAAUGAAGAAAUGGUUGUCGUACUGUGUCAGCUCAUACGUUAAAAACUCAAAGAUGUACGAACACACACAUACAAUCAAUUUUGUAUCUUUAAUAAUUAAAUAAUAGUUUUGCAACCUUACUCACUGUUCAUUUUAAUUUUUUUUCAUAUUGAAUAGCAUUAAUUAUUAACACAGUUUCAACACUUUACUCUAAAACCCCACAUACUACACUAACCGCUAAUGCCAAUUUAUUUAUUUAAGAAACAAAUAACUUACAGCACUAAUUGGUUAUUAUAUUGAUAUUUAUUGUAGCUAUUUUGUUUUACAUAUGACUCGUUAUUUUAUUUCUACUUUGUUCAUUAUAAAUAGCUUAUUUUAUUUUUUUUACACUGCGUUAAUUUUUCAAAAAUUAACUGUAACAUAGCUCUGCAUCGAAAAGGGUGACCAUGGCGUUUCGAAAGCAUCGAAAGUGCGCUUUUUUAUCAAACCACUCAGCACACGAAACCAAGAGUCACGUCGGACAACGGAUAGUUCACGAGGGCUCACAUUUAUAAAGCCGACGGUUAUAAAUGUUGAUGCUGUUCAGUGACUAUCCGGGGUCCGACGUGUCUUGGAAGUUUCGGUGAUUUUUUUUUCAUUUCGCUCAGCACACGAAACCAAGAGUCACGUCGGACAACGGAUAGUUCACGGGGGCUCACAUUUAUAAAGCUGACGCUUAUAAAUGUUGAUGCUGUUCAGUGACUAUCCGGGGUCCGACAUCUGUUUUAAUAAUAGACGUUACAUGAGUAAAAACGCAUGGUCACCCUUUUUCGUAACUAUUUACAUUUAUUCUUUUUUAUUUCUUUUUACAUUAAAUUAUAUUUUUUUACUCAGAUUGCAUCUAAAUUGUACCAGAUUUACUCUUUAAAUUUGUAACCAAUCAGUGUUAUAAGUUAUUUGUAGACUCAACAUUUUCGUUAAACUUUAUUUAAAGUUGGAGACAUCAAAUUUUAAGGUAUCGACAUUCUAUUAUUAGUAUUAGGAUCUUAUAGGUAGGCAAAACAAAAUCGAGAUCACAGUUACCUUUGAAAAAAUAUUGUUAUCUACCGUCGCCCACUACCUGAGGUAAUGGAGGUGCCUGGUCCUUAUAGACAGGUAUUGUAACAAUAUCUAAAGAUAUUCGCUUGUAUUAUAGUUCAGUCGUGUGAUUGGAUGAAGACUAACUAUUGCUAAAGAUAUUGAUAUCAUUUCCAAAACUUCCAAAACCUCUUUAAACCUUCAACAACAUGUGCAAAACUAAUAUUUAGUGUAUGUAAUACAGCCUUCUUCUCCAAGCCCUGCACUGUCCUGUCCAUCGGAAUCAGAACUUAGUUCCUGAUGUUGCUGAUCAUUGGACCGUGUGGUCAUACUAGUGCUUGCUAAAUUUGUUUCAGUAUUUCAGACGCUCUAAAAACCGCAUCCAGCAAUGUAACGGAGAAAUUCUAAAGUUCAAAAUUUCAGGAUGAACACAACAUCCAUUUUCCACUUCAUUCAAGUUAUUCAUCUGGCUUGGCAUAGCUCCACUUACACAACAAGUUUUCAUUGAUUUAGUAUUAGUAACAUAGGCAAACACUUUCCCAUCUAUCAUACUCAUAUAAAAAUUAAAAGACACUAUCACAUCAUCUGUGUCACUUAAGAUUAUUUUAAGAGCCAAUGUGGUCAAAACUUGAUCAUUAAUUUCUUUUGCACUCUCUAACACUUCUUUUGUUUCUUUGACAAAUUGUACUUCAAUUGGCCGAUAAAAACGUACACUUUGAGGUAGUUAAUUAAGCCAAAUUAUAUCCUCCUCCUUCGUAGCAAAUGAAAGGCGGAUAGGACUUAACACUGAUACAAGUAAAUGAUAAUCAGAAAUGAUGACGCCUUGUUAAGAUGCCGGUUUACCUUUCACUACGCGUUACAGAUACAGAUUAUUCUAAUGGAAUCAUACCUAAUAUGGAAUCAUACCUGAUAUGAUUCCCUUAAAUCUGUACAAGUACGUGUACAAGGUUCAGAGAGAUAGGAUCGGCUGAGCGUAUCUCUCACUGGUGGCAAUGAUUAGAUACAGCAGUUCAUCGACGCACGCUACCUAUCACCGACAGACAGCUGCUGGCGUAUCAUGCGUUUCGAGCUGCAGGCGAAAACGCCAAAACGCUCCUUUAUCACGACGUACCCAUGUACUAUCGGUACGGUGAACCGACAGCGCGUCAGCGACAACCGUGGCACGAACUUGGCACCAAGCAGUGGAUACGUCGCACCCGUACCUCGCACAAAACGGUAGUUGGACGCAUGGUGUCCUGCGGAAUGCAGCUCUUGGAGCGCUACUGUUUGCGAUUGCUACUGUGCUAACCGCAAAGGACCAACAUCGUUCGAGAAUUUGCGCACUGUUGACGGCACAGUGUAUGCAACGUUCCAGCAAGCUGUCAUCAGAGAAGGACUGUUGCUAGAUGAUUCCGAGUGGGAACGGGCUCUACAGGAAGCGGCCACAUUCCAAAUGCCAUCCCAAUUUCGCCAUUUCUUUGCGCUUAUUCUCUCACCUGGGAUGCCGCAAGAACCGCGCAAGCUGUGGGAUAUGUACGCAGAGCUAUUGUGUGAAGACUUUCGCUUCCACGAUCGCGACCGGUGUACAUCACAACAGUCCGACCUGAAUACGCUGCUGAUUGACGUCGAACGUUUUCGUGCGCUGCGCGAAAUCGAUCGGUUUUUGCGUCGGACCAUUCCGGCAAAGGAUUUAACCACCUUUCCCGAUAUGCCACAGCUGCAGGAUUAUGAACACGUUGGAGAGCACCUCAGGAACGAUGCGAAUGAGGUGAACGAGUUCAUCACGACCGAACGGGCUUACGCAGUGAACGAUCUCGACGAAACUUUGGCCACCCUACACCUACUCAACGACGAGCAGCGUACAGUGUACGACAAAAUUACGGCGGCCAUUGAUCGAGUUCGGAUAUCGACGAGCACUACAACGGAUACGGAUGUGAACACCAACUCAACCGGAAUCUAUAAUGCUGAAGACAAUCGCUUUUUCUUCCUGGACGGUCCUGGCGGUACGGGCAAAUCUUUCGUGCUGGAAAAAGUCCUCGCAUACACGCGACGCCAAUCAAACAUUGCGCUUGCCACUACGGCGAGUGGAAUAGCAGCGCUGUUGUUUAGUGGAGGAAGAACGGUCCACUCAACGUUUAAGCUUCCGCUCGACUUAAACCGACACUCCACUUGCAACAUCCCAGUACAGUCGAAGCGCGCUGAACUCAUCCGCCAGGCAACGCUAAUCGUGUGGGACGAAGCAUCCAUGAGCAGCCAAUAAGCGUUGGAAGCAGUCGAUCAUAACGAUUCGGGACAUAACGGGCGUGCAGCGACCAUUUGGCGGCAAGGUGGUACUGCUGUCCGGUGACUUCCGUCAAAUUUUGCCCAUCGUACCACAGGGUAAUGAUGCACAAAUAAUCAACGAGUGCAUCAAACGGAGCACACUAUGGUCCCUCUGUACGACGCUACGGCUGUGCGUUAACAUGCUGGUACGCACGGCUCCUAACGCGACUCGAGCCAGCGAGCUGCAGGAAUUUGCCAAUUUUUUGCUGCGUAUCGGAGAAGGGCGACACGAUACGUUUGCAGGAGCGGACCCAUCGUUGGCAAAAAUACCGCACGAUAUGGCUGUACCUCGUACGGCGAACUCGGCUCAGGACAUCAAUAAGCUGAUUGCCCGCAUCUACCCAGAUAUGCAACGGAACUGUCAGGAUCCAGAUCGAUUCUUUUCCGAUCGUGCGAUCCUGUCUCCUUUUAAUGUUGACGUUGCUGCCAUUAACAACAUUGUGAUAGAUCAGUUACCCGGGCAGGCAAGGUAGUAUCGUUCCGUGGACACAUUGCUAAACCCGGAGGAGCAUGAACACUUACAGAUUCCAUCCGAAUACCUCAACAAUAGCGGCAUACCACUGCAUCGCUUACGGCUGAAGCGAUCGACACCGGUGCUGUUGUUGCGAAAUCUCAAUUCCGACAUGGGACUUUGCAACGGAACGCGUCUUCAGAUUGUGGACAUGAAGACGCAUUGCUUGCACGCCAAGAUAUUGACGGGCAAGCGGUGAGGAACAGACGUGCUGCUGCUACGCAUCUACUGUGACAGCAACGACAAGGGUCAACCGUUCCAAAUCCGCCGCAAACAGUUCCCGGUGCAGGUGUGCUUUGCCAUGACCAUCAAUAUGGCACAAGGACAAUCACUGAACCAUCUGGGCCUCUAUCUGCCAAAGGAUGUGUUUGCAUACGGCCAGCUGUACGUGGCAGUGUCCCGCGUCACGACACGAGCAAAUAUAGCUGCGCCGAUCGCAAAUCCUGAACACGACAAUCAAGAUGGUGUCUCAACGCGAAACAUUGUGUAUCGAGAAAUCAUUGACGAUUGAACGUGUUCGGAGAUUCAGGUAAGAACAUUUGGGAACGAAGAAAAAACAAACUGCAUUACUAUCUGUUUUGUUUUUAUUCAUAUUACAGAUACGAUGUGUCCUUCGUGCCUUAUUGGUCGAGCUUAUUGUUGAUGGAACGCAUUCGGAUGGAGGUAAGGAAAAAGAAUGAAAGAAACAAAUACAAGCAAGAAGUAAUUGUGAACCUUUUUUUCCCUCAUCGAUUACAGUUAAUAAUUUGUUCGCCCUCAUCGAGUUUUCGGACGCCCUCAAUCAUCGGAUUCAGACGCAUUCGCGUGUUGGUAGGUGAAAAGAAGAAAUACAAAUCUAAGAAAAAAAAAACUUUAUAUCCUUCCUUUUUAUUUCAGCCCGAAAACAAACAUAAACUUUGACCAAGUUCAUCGAUCGAGACUUUCGAAUAAUUCGGAUGCAUUCCAAUGUAGGUAAGUAGAAAGAGAUAAAAUAAGAAAUUUAAUAACAAAAUAACUAACUUUUUUUAUUAAUCCUACUACAGUUAUCAAAAUUGUCUGUGCCUCAUGCCUCACUACAUUCAAUGAUGAUGCUGGAACGCGUUCGUAUGUUGGUAAGAGAAAAAAGGAACGAAAACCAGUCCGUUUUAAAAUAUUUCAUUACCAAGUAGCUCUAACCUCUCCUACCUACAGGUAAUAAUUUGACUAUUUGUCGACGAACCAGCUUCAACCCAAGGAUGAAUGGAUUCGCCCAAUUUAUGACGACCCAAAUAAUAGGUAAGUUAUACAUUUCUUCACACACAAAUAAUAUGCAUACAACAUACGCUUAAUUUUCCGUUCUAUUCAAAAUUUGCAACAUAUUUACAAUUCCAUUUUCCAUAGCUUUCAGAAGCUGAACGAGACCUUAUCCCGGAUGCUGCAACGAGCAAGUGGAUAUUCAUCACACAUUAAGCAUAAAACAGAGGCGAAGACAACUGACAUUCAUCGUAAUCAGUAAAACAUAAUGUACGUAUCGUCGUUAUCCAUACCUACCAUUGGUGUUAUUCACUUAUUAUUUUUUUCUUUUUUUUUAUUUAUUUCAUGUCGCCGCAUCACUUUGGGAGCACGCGAACAAACAACAUGCAGCAGCGGUGUCAAUCAAGAGCAUCAAGUAGCAGCAUCGGGACAGACCUCUGGAAACUACAUCACGGGACUGUAACUGUUAACGUACGUAUGCACAUAUUGUACGCAACACUAUUACACAUUUACUAAUACACUACUCUGCUUUUAGAGACACCGGGAUCGGCAUCGGAGUAUCAUCACAGCAAUUGCCAAAGAUGUCGCAAACAAAUAUAUCGUUGGUGCUCACAAGUACCGUAUGUUCUUUGUGCGGGUGAACACCAAGGAGCGGAUUGAUGCAACCGAAACAGAAAGUUCUACACGACAGCAUUGCACAAAACAUUUUUGCAAUUGCGAUGUAGCCAAGCGCAAAGUGUAAAAUAAGCGUAUUAUGUAACCUUUUAUGCAUUGCGCUAAGAAAGUUAGGUUAGAUUUUGUUUCACUCUAAUACAUAAGGUUGCAAAACUAUUAUUUAACUUUAAACAUUCUAACUGUAUUUAAACGAUAAUUUAUAAUACACACAAAACAACCAUUAAUUAAUUAUUAAGUUAACACACUUACAACACGAAACCAAAAGUCACGUCGGACAACGGAUAGUUCACGUAAGCUCACAUUUAUAAAGCCGACGGUUAUAAAUGUUGAUGCUGUUCAGUGACUAUCCGGGGUCCAACGUGUCUUGGAUGUUUUGUGUGAUUUUUUUUUUCGCUCACCGCACGAAACCAAGAGUCAUGUCGGACAACGGAUAGUUCACGAGGGCUCACAUUUAUAAUGCAAACCCUUAUAAAUGUUGAUGCUGUUCAGAGACUAUCCGGGGUCCGACGUGUCUUGGAUGUUUUGUGUGAUUUUUUUUUUCGCU